AUGGCGCGCGCGCCGAGCGACACGUUCACGGUUCGGAUCAUGUUGAGGUCGAAACUGACGAUAGAUACGGUUUUGCUCGAGAUCGCGGCCGAGCGAUCGCGCGAGAUACGGAACUUUCCUCGUAUUAUGGCGCUCCUACAUGGGGGUCGUAUACACUUGUGUAAUGUGUGCUGGUAGUGGACACUGGAGAUGAACGGAGAUGAACACAAUCCUGUAUUGUAGUGGUGCUAACGUCUAUCUACACUAC